AUGUUGUCGAUUGAUCUCAUCCUGACUGUUAUGCUCCUGCUUGGGGCAGCGCCAACGUCUGUGGCGCAAAGCGUAUACUAUAAAGUCGACACCUCUGAUGAGAUUCGCGAAAGCUCGAGAACUCUCGCAUACGACUUGAUGUCCAUUUACAAGGGCAAUCAAUCUGGUCAAGUACCCGGCAUGCUCCCCGGCCCUCCGGCAUCCGGCACGGGUGAUUAUUACUGGUGGGAAGGAGGCGCCAUGAUGGGAGCAUACAUUGACUACUGGCAUCUAACCGGCGACCCCAGCUACAACAAUGUCGUCACCCAGGGUAUGCUCUUUCAAGCCGGGGACAACAACGACUACCAGCCACGCAACCAAACCAUCGGUCUGGGAAACGACGACCAGGGAUUCUGGGCCAUGUCCGCCAUGCUCGCCGCCGAGACGCGUUUCCCCAACCCGCCGGAGGAUGCGCCGCAAUGGCUGGCUCUAGCGCAGGCUGUGUGGAAUACGCAGGCAGAGCCCAGUCGAUGGGAUGACACUUGCGGCGGCGGACUGCGCUGGCAGCGUCAGUUCUUCAACAACGGCUACAACUACAAGAACGCCAUCGCGAACGGCGUCUUCUUUAACCUCGGCGCUCGCCUUGCGCGUUACACAGGCAACGACACUUAUGCGCAGCGCGCCGAGCAGACGUGGGACUGGCUCUGGAGCGUCGGCUACAUUGACAACCAAGACUGGCACGUCUACGACGGCGGCCACGUCGAGCACAACUGCACUGAUAUCAACCGGCUCAGGAUGUCGUAUAAUCCGGCGGUUUUAGUCCAGGGCGCCGCAUUCAUGUACAACCACACGAACGGAGACGAGAAAUGGAAGUAUCGCGUAAGCACCAUGCUAGACUCGUUCUUCAAGCAGUUCUUCAGAGACAACGUCAUAUUCGAGACCGACUGCGAGACCCGCGACCCGCCAUGCACCACCGACAUGCUGUCAUUCAAGGGCUACUGUCUACGCUGGCUCGCCGUCGUUACGCAAGUCGCGCCGUUUACGCGCGACGCCAUCCUUCCCGUGUUGAAAGCCUCGGCACGCGCCGCCGUGCAGCAGUGCACGGGGGAGCCGACCGGCCGACGCUGCGGCUUCUACUGGACCGGCGGCCGGUUUGUUGAUCCCAAGGUGGACAACACGACGGGGGCCGGCGAGGCCAUGGACGCGCUCGCGGCGGUGUCGAGCCUGCUCAUCGACAAGGCGGAGGCGCCUGUGAGAGCCGACAGGGGCACCUCCAAGGGCGACCCGAACGCAGGGCUGCCAGGGGCCACGGCGGGGACGAGACGAUUGAAGAGGAUAACGGGGGCGGAUAUGUUUGGUGCGAGUAUAGUGACGGUGCUGUAUGCGAUGGGGCCGAUGCUUUUGUUUCUUUGGAUCUGCGUGGAUGAAACGCGAGAUGCUGACAAAAAGAAGGACGUCGAGGUUCAGCAGAUCACGAACAGUAAAGUUCCGUAG